AUGGGCUCCGUCUCCUCAGCGCUGGCGCGGUCCCGGUCCCGCAACGCCGUGGUGCAGUUGGGCUCGUCGCCACCGCCCCAGCCCGAGGCGCCUCCGGCUGCCCUCGCUGCUCGCGGAGACCGUUUUGUGCUCCACAAGACCGGGAGGCUUGGAACAGGGUGUGGAGAGGCGGCCACCCUGCCUGCAGCCUGGGAGUCUCAGCGGGUAGCGCCGAGCCCGGAGGGGCGCGCGAAGUUGGCGAGUCCGGAGCUGUCCCCGGUGCUGAACAGUGACGAGAGUAUGCCUCAGUCCCAGCUGUCUCGAAGCCCCAGCGCUGCGGUUGCAAAUGAAGCCGGAGAUAAGACUGCCAGGCCACUUGCCCGCUUCUCCCGAUCUAAGUCGCAGAACUGUCUGUGGAACUCCCUCAUCGAUGGGCUCACAGGGAAUGUCAAGGAGAAGCCACGGCCUACAAUUGUCCAUGACCCCCGGCCACCUGAGGAAAUCCUUGCUGAUGAAUUGCCUCAGCUCGAUAGCCCGGAAGCCUUGGUGAAAACGUCCUUCAGGUUACGAUCUUUGGUCAAACAAUUAGAGAGAGGGGAGGCUUCAGUGGUAGAUCUCAAGAAGAAUUUGGAAUAUGCAGCCUCUGUGCUUGAAUCUGUGUACAUUGAUGAAACCAGGCGACUCCUGGAUACAGAAGAUGAGCUCAGUGACAUUCAGUCAGAUGCAGUGCCUUCUGAGGUCCGAGACUGGCUGGCCUCCACCUUCACGCGGCAGAUGGGGAUGAUGCUCAGAAGAAGCGAGGAGAAGCCGCGGUUCAAGAGCAUCGUCCAUGCAGUACAGGCUGGGAUAUUUGUGGAGAGAAUGUAUAGACGGACAUCAAACAUGGUUGGACUGAGCUAUCCACCAGCUGUUAUUGAAGCAUUGAAGGAUGUGGACAAAUGGUCUUUUGAUGUCUUUUCCCUCAAUGAAGCCAGUGGGGACCAUGCACUGAAAUUCAUUUUCUAUGAGUUACUCACUCGCUAUGAUCUGAUCAGCCGUUUCAAGAUCCCCAUUUCUGCACUUGUCUCAUUUGUGGAGGCCCUGGAAGUGGGAUACAGCAAGCACAAAAAUCCUUACCACAAUUUGAUGCAUGCUGCUGACGUCACACAGACUGUGCAUUACCUUCUCUAUAAGACAGGAGUAGCGAACUGGCUGACGGAGCUGGAGAUCUUUGCUAUAAUCUUCUCAGCUGCCAUCCAUGACUACGAGCACACCGGAACCACCAACAAUUUCCACAUUCAGACCCGGUCUGACCCAGCAAUUCUGUACAAUGAUAGGUCUGUUUUAGAAAAUCACCAUUUAAGUGCAGCGUAUCGCCUUCUGCAGGAGGAUGAGGAAAUGAAUAUUUUGAUCAACCUCUCAAAGGAUGACUGGAGGGAAUUUCGGACCUUGGUAAUUGAGAUGGUGAUGGCCACAGAUAUGUCCUGUCAUUUUCAGCAAAUCAAAGCAAUGAAGACUGCUCUUCAACAGCCAGAAGCAAUUGAAAAGCCAAAAGCAUUAUCCUUGAUGUUGCACACGGCAGACAUCAGCCAUCCAGCAAAAGCAUGGGAGCUCCACCAUCGCUGGACCAUGUCGCUCCUGGAGGAGUUCUUCAGACAGGGCGAUAGAGAAGCAGAGCUGGGUCUGCCUUUUUCUCCUUUGUGUGAUCGGAAGUCCACCAUGGUUGCCCAGUCGCAAGUAGGUUUCAUUGAUUUCAUUGUGGAGCCCACCUUCACUGUGCUCACAGACAUGACCGAAAAGAUCGUGAGUCCACUGAUUGAUGAACCCUCUCAAACUGGGGGCACCGGGCAGAGGCGUUCAAGUUUGAACAACAUCAGUUCAACAGAUGCAAAGCGAUCAGGUGUCAAGAGCUCUGGCUCUGAAGGAAGUGCCCCAAUCAACAACCCUGUCAUCCCUGUUGACUAUAAGAGUUUCAAAGCCACUUGGACUGAGGUGGUGCACAUUAACCGGGAGAGAUGGAGGGCCAAGGUGCCCAAAGAGGAGAAAGCCAAGAAGGAAGCGGAAGAAAAGGCUCGCCUGGCUGCAGAGGAGAAGCAAAAGGAAAUGCAAGCCAAAAGCCAAGCUGAAGAAGGCGCAUCUGGCAAAGCUGAGGAGACGACAUCUGGGGAAGCUAAGAAUCAAGUCGACGGAACCCGAACAAAUAAAAGCAACAACCCUCAUGGGAAAAAUUCCAAAACUGAGAAGUCAUCGGGAGAAAAGCAGCAGAAUGGUGACUUGAAAGAUGGUAAAAAUAAGACAGGCAAGAAGGAUCAAUCUGACGUCGGAAAUGAUUCAAAGAAAACAGAUGGCACAAAGAAGCGUUCUCAGGGCUCACCUGCCCCAAGCACUAGCUCCACGAGUCACCUUACCUUGCCAGGGGACUACGGAUAAAUGUCCAGCCAGAGGAUUCCUCAGAAGAGAACUGACCAGCCCUGAGGUCUGAAGACAUUUUAGGAAGCUUAUGUGGUUUAU